GGUUUACGGCAAGACGUGCACAGGUUUGAUGCAGACGGAAGGGGUUUUACGGGGAUGCUCGCCCUUUUGGCAGCUCGUCGGAGCGGCUGCGAUGAGCCGCUGAGAGUGAAGCGAGCCGAGUCCACCCGGAGAAUUUUAGAUGGUGACGAGGAGGCAUAUAGGAGUGAGGAGUUGAGGUGUCACGGCAACAACCUUGUGCUCAACGUCAGUAUGCCCAAGAAAUUGAUUGUGGUCUUCAGGAAGGGAAAGUCGGAGGUACGCAUACCAGUCCUCAUAGAGGGAUCAGUAGUGGAAAGGGUGAGCAGUUUCAAGUUCCUGGGUGUCAUCAUCUCUGAAGAUCUAUCCUAAGGCCAACAUAUUGAUGCAAUUACAAAGAAGGCACAACAGCAAUGAUAUUUCAUUAGGAGACUGAAGAAAUUUGGGGGUCACUGCACAAGAUUGGAAAAAGCUGCAGAAAGUUGUAAACUCAGCCAGCUCCAUCGUGGUUACUAAGCCUCCUCAACAUUAAGGACGUCUUCAAAAAGUGAAGCCACAAAAAGCCUGCUUCCAUCAUUAAAGGGCCCUAUCGCCCAGGGCAUGCCCUUUUCUCACUGCUACCAUCAAGGAGGAGAGUGCUAAAUUUGGAAUUAAACAACAACAGGGAUGUACAGCGGAUCCAUAGCAGUGGAAUUAAUUGCCUUGAUAUUGAUCCGGUUGAACAAAAGUACAUGUUGUCUGGUGGAUCUGAUGGUGUUAUUGCAAUAUAUGAUUUGGAGAAUGCCACAAAAGAGCUACAGUAUACCUGCAAGGCAAUCUGUACAGUGGGCAAGUCCCAUUGUCAGGUGCACAAAUAUAGUGUGGAGACUGUUCAGUGGUAUCCUUGUGAUACUGGCAUGUUUACAUCAAGCUCAUUUGAUAAAACUUUGAAAAUAUGGGAUACAAAUAGGCUGCUGCCUGCUGAAGUUUUUCCCUUUGAAGAAACAGUCUAUUGUCAUCAUAUGUCACCAAUUGCAACCAAACACUGUCUGAUAGCCGUUGGUACCAAGAAUCCUAAAGUACAGUUAUGUGAUCUUAAAUCUGGAUCUUCCACCCACAUUCUGCAGGGUCAUAGAGGUGAGGUGUUGUCUGUGAAAUGGUCACCACGUCAUGAGCAUGUAUUAGUAACAGCAAGUGCUGAUAGCAAAGUUAGAAUCUGGGAUGUACGGAAAGCUUCUGGGAGUUUAAUUGUGCUUGAUCAGCACAAUGGUGAAAUUGCUAAAUCUUCUUCAGAAUCAGCAAACACCGCUCACAAUGGACGUGUUAAUGGCCUGUGCUUUACUAGUGACGGACUUCAUCUUUUAACUAUUGGGACAGAUGAUCGCAUGAGACUCUGGAAUAGUUCCACGGGGGAAAAUACACUGGUGAACUAUGGAAGAGUUUGCAAUGGAAGUCGAAAGAAUCUCAAGUUUACAGUGUCCAGUGGUUGCAGUCCAGAUUUUGCGUUUGUCCCAGUCGAUUCUUGUAUUGCAGUUUAUGAUAUCUAUGCAGGACAAUUGCUAACUGAACUCAGGGGGCAUUAUAAUUAUGUAAACUGCUGCACAUUCCAGUCUUACUUCCAAGAGCUUUAUAGUGGUGGCAGUGAUGUUAACAUUUUAGCAUGGAUUCCAGAUCUUGGUCAAAUAGAUGUGGGAGGUGAUGAAGUUAAAGGGUCUGAAACCAGAACCGCUCAAAAUGUCAUGUUCCAAGAUGAAUGGAGCAGCAGCGAUGAAGAAAACUGAAUUUUGUUUUGCUCUUUGGGACAAAAACACUGUUGCAGAUAUGUGGGUACGGCUGUUCAGAAUACUCCAAACACUGAGUGUGACACUGAGGUGAAAAUGUACAGCCUAAACCAAGGAGCAUCGAUUUCUGAUGACAGUACUAAGACAGAUGGACGGACCCUGAUUUUUUCAUAUGACUGACCUCAGUUUAUGGAAACAGAUUGAGCCCUUCAGUUGGUCUCCAUUUGUAGCCUCAGGUCAGAGAGACAAGUAGUUUGCACCAGCAUGCUGAUAAGCACUGCCAAGGUUCAUAUACAAAUCUACAUACUUGAAAGAAGUACAGAGAGCUGAUAAAAUGCUUCAGAGGCAAAAACUCAUUCCGACAGGUCACGAAUGGAAUUAGAAAUGUAAUUUUGUUCUUAAUUUGUUAUGAAUUCUGUGAAUAUUUAAAGCUCAAAAUAUUUUCACAGUAUUCUUUUUGCCAAAGUGAUUUUUUUUUCACUUUUUUGAAGAUGAAUCAUCUUUAAUGAUUUAAAUGGAUUUUCAACACAGAACCAUUCCCAAUGUUCUCUUUGUGAAUUAAUAACAAGACUGUCAAGUAGUUCCUGUCCCACAAACACGCGUACAGAGAUGCAUACAUGUGAUCUCCAAUUUAAACAAAUGCAAUUUAUUUUUAACAACUAAUUUGCAUUCAGAUUAUAGUUAAGAACUCAUGGAAUUAAUGUUUGAGUAUCAGAGUACUGGUACUGUACUUGAUUGUAUACGUGUGUAUGUGUGUGUCACGAAUUUAGCUUUAGCUUGUUAUCUGGCAGUUUAAACGUUAUUCUCUUGUAUUUUUCAGAAAAAGUUUCUUAAUGUUUAUAAUGAAGGCUAGGAAAUGCAGACUUAACUAACAUUAAGAAGUCUUAACAUGAGUUUACUAUAUAUUAUUGUGCAAGAUUAUUUUAUGUGCAUGAUAAAAACAGUAUAUGUUUUAAACAAAGAACAUUGUUGAAUUCACGCAAUUUAACAGUUGAUAAAUAAAUACCGGAUUUGUGCAAAUUAAGUGUACAUAUUCUAUUAAAUACAAUUUAAACA